AUGCCAGAGUUUGAAAUCACAUCCUUGCUUGAUACAGACUUGUACAAGUUGUCAAUGCAGGCUGCUGUGUUCCAGCACUUCAAGGAUGUACCUGUCUUGUACAAGUACAAGAAUAGAACACCGCUGAUGAUUCUUAACAAGGAGGCAAUCACAUGGUUGAAAGAGCAGGUAUCGGAAUUGGGCCAAUUGAGAUUUUCUAGCGAGGAAAUUGACUACUUGAAGAAGACCUUACCAUACUUCCCCAACGAGUACUUGCAGGACUUGAGCAAUUUCAAAUUACAUCCAUCCACUCAAGUUUCGUACGUCAAUGAUGUGGACAAUUUGCAAGACUUUGGAUUGCAUGUGGCUGGAACCUGGUAUGAGACCAUUCUUUACGAAAUACCUCUCUUGGCUCUUGUGUCUGCAGCAUACUUCAAAUUCGUGGAUACAACUUGGGAUUAUGAAGGACAACGGGAAUUGGCAGAGCACAAGGGAAAGCAAUUGCUUGAUAACGAGUGUAUCUUCAGUGAAUUUGGCACCAGAAGAAGGAGGUCGUUCAGAGCGCAAGAAAUAGUGGUGGAAACCCUCUGCAAGGUAUCAAAAAGCCACGAAAAUACAAAGUUGUUUUUAGGAACGUCCAAUGUGCUUUUGGCUAAAAAGUUCAAUGUGGCACCAAUUGGAACCGUCGCCCACGAGUGGUUCAUGGGUGUCGCUUCCAUCACUCAAGACUAUACCAAUGCCAAUAAGGCAGCCAUGGACUAUUGGCUUCAAACAUUUGGACCAGAGCACGCAGGAUUAGCUCUCACGGACACCUUUGGCACAGACGCUUACCUUAGAGCAUUUGGCAAGCCGUACGCGGACUACUACACUGGUGUGAGACAAGAUCUGGGUGACCCCGAGUUAUAUGCUGCCAAAAUUGCCAACCACUACAAAUCUUUAGGUUAUGCCCCUUUCUCAAAGAUAAUCUGCUUCUCGGACUCCUUGGAUAUUGAGAAGUGUCUUAAGUACAAGAAAUGUGCGCAAGAGGUCGGACUCAAGGUCUCAUUUGGAGUGGGCACAUUCUUCACUAACGAUUUCAAGAGCAAUGUGGAGCCCUUUGAGAAAUCUCAGCCCCUUAAUAUUGUAAUCAAAAUUGCUGAGGCUGCUGGAUAUCCUGCCAUUAAGAUCAGUGACAACAUUGGCAAGAAUAUGGGGGACCCCGAAGUUGUGUCCAGAGUCAAGGAAGAGCUUGGGUAUACAGAAAGGGAAUGGGAGUCCGGAGACGAAAGCAAGCGUUGGGCAAAGUGA